AUGGCGGUUUUGCGUGACUGUAUGUCGGCAACGACGUACCCACAUCCACCUGCAGGCCGCUAUUAUUUGGUCGACUCGGGCUACGCCGUUCGCGAAGGGUAUCUGGGGCCGUAUAGAAAUACGAGUUGUUCCUGCACAAUCGUGAGCAACAUCAGAAAGAUGAAGCGUGGGAUCAGCACCAAACGAGUAGACCACCUCGUCCAAAAUGGCCAACAUCCAAGCGAUGAAUGGGAGGAGCAACAACGAUAUUGGUCUUCACCACGGGCGCCACCAGCGAGCCCGACAGAGUCGCCUCGGACCCCAGGUGGGAGCCAAAAGAAGGCGGUGCUGGGAAAGGUGAAGAGCAAGGCUAAGAAAUGGAUGCACAUGCUGCAUCACAAGAAGAAACCUGCACAGGAGGAGAUGAUGUGGACUCCCAGGGCUGGACCCAGCGCAGAAGACAUCAAGGGCAAGGACGAACGACGAGAUCCCGUGUACCGUGGAACCCCCAAGAAAGCGCACCAUCAACCUUCUUCCUCGGGUGGUUCAGAGAGGGCGUCUGAGGUGUUCAUGGAAGCAUCACCAAGACAGAAUUCACCGGUUCCGAGCCCCACUGCACACAAGGAGCAACCAUACUUCAAGGUCAGCAGCAGAUUUGAGUCAGAAAUGAAGGAAGCCAAUGAGAUGCUGAUGGAAUCAAAGCAGCUCCGUGUCAACACAACCAAGCCGAAGACUGUAACAUUCGCGCCAACCAUAGCACGUGAGUUAGGGAAUGAAAAGAGUGGCUGGAACGACAGGGAACUGUCUGAAGCAACAACCAAAGCAUUCCGAGAUGCAUUUGCUACAGUCUAUCAGGUGGUGCUCAAGAUGAUUGCUAAAAUCCAAGGCACAAUGGUAGCAUAUAACAUUGAUAGAAGGCACAUGCUAGAGAAGUUAAUAUCAGUCAAUAGAUACCUGAUGUUGAAGCUGGAACCUGGACAAGAUGAUAAAUUACUUUCAGAAGUAAUUACUGAUUCUAUCCUCAAUCUGUUUGACACAUGGAGCGAGAGUGUUGAGCAGCCUUUGGCACAAAGGGCGAAGGAAAUCUCUUCUUGGUUUCUGCAGCAAGGAAGAGAAGAAACACCUCCUGUUCCACUGUCUACACAUCCUUGUGCGUUCGAAGGUAAGAUUAUGUUCCAGAGUAAUCCUAUCAGCAAAACAUUAGUAUUAGAUUAACAAUAACUGUAAAUUUAAUGGAAUAUAGAUGCAGAAGAAUUUUAUUCCUUAGAGAAUGAACAACAGCUUGAAGUAUGAGAUCAAAGACAUUGUAAAACAACAUCAGCAGAGUUUUCCUUUACCUAACAAUGUCAGGAAGCUGAAGGCAAAGACGAAGAG